UCUGCGUAUUUUGGCACUUUCCGUCAGUUGAUAAAAGAAUUUACUUAGUGAGGCUAAGCAGCACCGGAUAUUAGUUUACAACAUUCUUUGGAACAUCGCAGUUCACAUCAGAACCCGUACCGGAGAAACCAUAUUCGAGAAUCCCCAACUGAACUUCGAUAUGCCGAACAAGGACAAGUCCAAGGCAGUUCCAGCCGGGAGCAAGGAAGCCCGUUCCUCUUCGCCCCACAAGUUCCGCAUGCCGGAGGUGCCUAAGCCGAGGAGUAAGAAGGCCGAUAUGGGGACCCAGUCUGCAUCGAGCUCGGCGGAUCAGUUCACCCAGACGCCGGAUUCGCUGCCACCUGUCAUGAGCAGUUACAGCCAGUUCCGAGCUAGCGUGUUCAGGCUGAUGGGAGUAAUGAACUCGAUCAUGGCAAGGAAGGUGCAGAGGAUGCUGGCGAACACGAAUCCAGGAAACGUGGAGACCACCAGAUUGCUGCGCAGCGCCCUGGAUGCCCUGACCGGGAAUCUGACUGCGGUAGCAGAGUUCCAGGCGGAGCAAAAUCCAGAUGGGGAACCGCCAGCCAAGCGAAGGAAGCUAGAGCGCAGCCAGGACAGCUGAACAGAUCCCGCGAGGAAUUAAGUUCAAUGCCAUUUGUAUAUUUAUUACGCAAAAUAUAUAAACUGAGGA